AUGUCCAAGGAUUUUAGUAUUGUCAAAUUUAAGAAGGGCGAGGCAACCUUUGAAGUGUUGGUUAAGCCAAAUACAGUGAUUGCUCAUCGUGAGGGAAAGAUGGGAGUUGAUGAUGUUAUUUAUACUGAUGAAAUUUUCUCCAAUUAUGCCAAAGGUGAUAAAGUUAAAGAUGAAUCAUUAAAGGCUGUUUUCGGAACAACAAAUGUUAAAGAAGUUAUUACCAAGAUUAUUGCUGAUGGUGAAUAUCACAUGUCUACUCAAGAACGUAAAGAAAAAGUUGAUCAAAAGAGAAAGCAAAUGAUUUACUUUAUCCAUCAAAAUUACAUUGAUCCAAAGACUAAUAUUUGCCAUCCUCUCACCCGUAUUGAAAGUGCUUUGGAUUCUGUCAAAUAUAAUAUUGAUCCAUUCAUGCCAGCUGAUAAACAAGUUGCUUCCAUUCACAGCAAGUUGGUUGAAAAGAUUCCAUUGAAAAAGUCACAAAUUGAAGCUGAAAUUGACGUCAAGCAUCACGUUGCUGGUCAAGCUCUUGGAACUUGUCACAAACAUGCCAAAGUCGUUGGCCAAAACUAUACUGAUACCGGUUGUACUAUUAGUAUUGAAAUUUGUCCAGGUGAAUAUGACAAGCUUAUUAAUGAAUUGAACUCAUCCACAAAGGGAGAUUUCCAAUUCAGAAUUGCUGGUGCCUCAGCUAGUGUUGAAGCUUCCGAAUCAAGUGAUUCUGGUAAGAAGAAGAAGGGUGGUAAGAAGAAGUAAACCGAAUCGAUCAAAACCCCAAUCCUUACUACCUUCAAAAAUUGAAAUAAUCACAAAUUACUUAUUGAGAUUAUUUAAUGAUACCAAAAUUAUUACAUUACAUUGAAUAAAUUUGGUAUCAUUACGAUACACUAUUUACAUUAUUAAAAAGUUUUUUAUUG